AUGACGGAACCAGCACGACCGCCCGCGCCCGGCGCCCCGGACCCCAAGAUGGAGAAAGUCCUCGCCAUCAUCGAACCCACCCUCGGCCACUUCUUCCACCGUCCCAUCUACCUCCGCCAGGCGCUCCAGACCCCCGGCUCCCCCCUCCACGACCACGCCCUCAAUUUCGUAGAAAGGACGGACGCGCGCUCCGUCGAGGAGGGGAAUAAACGCCUCGCCGUUGUGGGGAACGCGGCGUUGGAACUUACGGUCGCGGAUUUUUUCUUCGCGCGUGGGGCUGAGUGGAGGGAAAUCGCCACCGAAUCCAAAGCCGUCGCCACCGACGCCUCCGUCGUCCAGCUCGGCCACAUGAUGGAGCUCGGCCCCGUCUUCGACGGGCCCGACGCCCCGACCCAUCUCGCCCGGACGGUCCGGGCGGUCCUCGGGGCCGUCUUCUGCGACGGCGGCGUCGUGGGCUUGAGGGGCGUGUUGGCGCGGUUCCGCAUGUUUGAUGGGGAGACGGAGAGGGCGGUUGCGGGGGAGGGCGUCGGGGCUGGGGCGGCGUAG